GUGAUACUAAUUUGUUCAAAAUGGUGGCAGUGUUUUUGGUUAACGACACUGGUAUGUUAGAGCACGAUUAAGUAGAAACGGGUGAAAAAACAUCCUUGACUCGGACGUUUAUCAUUUUGCUGAAACUAGGUUACAUUGACAUUGUAGAUUACGUCUGACCCACAUCAGCUUUAUCACGUUGAGUGAUAUUGGCCUGAUUCAGCAAGCGAAUGUGACAAACGGCAGAUGUGAAAAGCUGACUCUGCUCACACAUAAUCUACAUGAAAUAUACCUAACACCAAUGUAGAAAGUCAUCAAUAACAGACGAAACAACCUCUUACCAACUGAGACAUUUUGACAGAUAGAUGUCUGGUGAGGGGCCAGAGCACACUACGGUAUGAAAUCGUGGAAUUCUCCGACACUCAUGUUUGGGAAGUUUUUAGGUUCUCACCACAAAAAUGCUACGUUGGUACAGAGAAAAACUUGCUCGCAACUUUAAUCUACCUGAAAAUACUUUUAUAGGCAGACAUGUAAAAAAGCUGUUGGAGAAAAACAAUGCCGUGCUGGAGAUGGAAGCCGUACGUCUCUGUGACAUACAACCUGAUCAUCAGGUACUGGAGGUCGGCUUUGGACCAGGAAUUGGGAUACAAGCUGCCUGUCACCUUAUCGAAGAUGGGAAUGGUACUGUGCAAGGCAUUGAUAUUUCCAGCUUGAUGCUGGAAACGGCUACAGAACGUAACGGUAAAUUCCUACAGACAGGAAAGUUGAUUUUACACCUUCAAGACGUAGCAGACAGUACGUUUGAUUCUAACACAUUCGAUCGUGUGUUUCACUGCAAUUGUUACUAUUUUUGGAAGGAUAGUUUACAAGCUGCUAAAGAACUUUACCGAGUCAUGAAGCCGAGAAGUAUAAUGGUUACAACAUUAGACCAUGACGCCAUUAUAAACGCCCAGAAAAAGAAUUUAUUGCAAUACGGGAAACCUGAUCCUGAGGAAUACAUACACGUGCUAGAAACAGUGGGAUUCAGAGACGUUCGAAUGGAACAUUUAAAUCAUGAAAGAUCCGGACGUAAAUAUCAAGCCAUUUUUGCCUACAUUGGGGAUAAAAAAGAGGACAAAUACAUAGAUGAGGCAAACAAGGGGAGACUAUCUGUAACAUGAAAUAGUAAAGGGAGACAAUCUUUGAAAUACAUAAUGUGUGCAGAAGAGAGAAAAUGGAAGAGGGAAAGACUCUGGCUUAAAAUGGAAGAUGUUUGAAUAGGAAAGGAAACUAAGGGGAGACAAACCAAUAAGUUAAAUGGAAAAUGUAUGCAUAGGAUAAAUAACUAAGGGCAAAUAUUCUUUAACACAAAAAUGGAAGGCAUAUGCAUAGGAGAAGAAACCAGAAUGAGGCAGUCUAUGACAAGGCACUGAAUGGAACAGCUCCUCAGUACCUACAGGAGCUUGUUAUCCUGUAUCAGUCAUCAUGAUCACUGCGG